AACCCUAUUUCUCUCCUUAUCCUCAUAAGUACUCAUCAUCUAUUCCUCCCUUAGAGUACUUCCACCACCUUUUUCUUUUUUCUUAUACUCUUCUCUGAAACACAUCUGUACGAACAAAUAGUACCAUACUCGAUCAUUAUCAAUAUCCAAAUUAUGGUGGUGCUCAAUCAAGCAAAAGGUGCCGUACGGCGCUUUGCCCUGAUGAUUUUAGUAUUGGGUCUUGUUUGUGCUGAGGAUCCGUACAGAUAUUUUGACUGGACUGUUAGCUAUGGUGAUAUCUAUCCUCUUGGAGUUAAACAAAGGGGAAUUCUUAUCAAUGGCUUAUUUCCGGGGCCCAACAUUUAUGCUGUUACCAACGAUAAUCUCAUUAUCAAUGUUAAGAACAACUUGCCUGAGCCUUUCCUCCUCUCAUGGAGUGGUAUACAGAAUAGGAAAAACUCUUUUCUAGACGGAGUUUCUGGGACAACAUGUGCCAUCCCACCAGGGAAGAACUAUACCUACAAAUUACAGGCCAAGGAUCAAAUUGGAAGCUUCUACUAUUUUCCAUCGACUGCUUUUCACAAGGCUGCUGGUGGCUUUGGAGCCAUUAAAAUCCUAAGCAGGCCAAGAAUCCCAGUCCCAUUUCCUCCACCUGCUGCUGAUUACAGCAUCCUCAUCGGAGAUUGGUACAAGGCUGACCAUCAGACAUUGAAGGACAUUCUUGAUAGCGGUUGUAGGCUUGCUUCUCCAGAUGGAAUUCUGAUCAAUGGCCGUGGAUCCAACGGUGCAGUUUUCACAAUUGAACAAGGUAAAACGAUUAGACUGAGAGUGUCAAAUGUUGGGCUACAAAACUCGCUCAAUUUCCGAAUUCAAGGGCAUAGCAUGAAGUUAAUCGAAGUUGAAGGAAUCCACACUAUCCAGACAACUUACGACUCACUUGACAUACACGUGGGGCAAUCCUAUUCGGUGCUAGUUACAGGCAACAAGGCCCCACAGGACUACUACAUUGCCGUCUCAACUCGCUUCUCCGACAAGGACAUGACCGCCACUGCUAUCCUUAAAUAUAAAAACUCGGCCCGUAAAGUUUCUGGCCCAAUUCCUUCUGGGCCCAUUCCGGGCAUUGAUUGGUCUCUGAACCAGGCCCGUUCAAUUAGAAACAACGGAACCGCGAGUGGACCCAGGCCCAAUCCACAAGGGUCGUACCCAUACUGGAACAUACCCAUUUCAAGGACCAUAACACUCGAGAGCUCAGCGGGUCAAGUCGGUGGCAAGCAAAGAUACGCCAUUAACGGUGUGUCGUACAAGCCUGCUGACACUCCUCUUAAGCUUGCAGACUACUAUAAGAUUCCAGGUGUCUUCCGGGUGGGCAGCAUGCCUGAAAACCCGACCCGCAGACCCAUCUCCCUUGAUACAGCGGUUCUCGGCGCUGACUACAGAGCUUUUAUUGAGAUUGUUUUCCAGAAUCACGAAGACAUUAUUCAGAGCUAUCACAUUAGCGGUUAUAAUUUCAGAAUCGUCGGAAUGGAUAAAGGUGUAUGGAGCACGAAUAGUAGAAAGCAAUACAAUAUGGCAGAUGCUGGCUCACGAUACACUACACAGGUAUACCCAAAGUCUUGGACGGCUGUUCUUGUGGCACUGGAUAAUGCGGGUAUGUGGAAUGUGCGGAGCGAGUUUUGGGCAAGGCAGUAUCUAGGACAACAGUUUUACAUGAGAGUUUAUACAAAUUCCAACUCAACUAGGGAUGAAUACCUCAUUCCUCCUAAUGCUUUGAAAUGUGGCAGAGCUAUUGGCCGCAAGCCAUGAUAACACUUUUUUUUUUCCUUUGCUUUUGGGAUAAACUUUUGUGUGCUUUCGAGUUUAAUUAAUCUCUCAAAAUUGGUUAACUAGAUUAUUAUUCAUAACUAACGAGAGAAGAGACAAAAUAGUGUUGUAUGGGAUGAAGAGACGUUUCAUUCUCAAUUCAUUAAUUAAUUCUUUUUUCUUUAUAA